GCGGCGGCGGCAGCAGCAGCAGAGGCGGCGGCAGCCCAAGGGCCCCCCACUUUCUGGCCUCCGGCCGCCUCGGGAUCCAGACGGAAGGACACGCGCGGCGUGUGCGGGGCUCGCUUCUCGGCUGCUCCCCUGGAGGUGCCAAGUCCUACCCACUCUCUGUAAUUGUUGCCAGAGCCAACUCCAGCGAAUAUGAAUGACAUUUCCCAAAAGGCGGAGAUUCUGCUUUCCUCAUCUAAACCUGUCCCCAAAACCUAUGUGCCCAAACUUGGCAAGGGUGAUGUCAAGGAUAAAUUUGAAGCCAUGCAGAAAGCGAGGGAAGAAAGAACUCAGAGGAGAUCUAGAGAUGAGAAGCAAAGAAGAAAAGAACAAUUUCUUAGAGAGAGAGAGUGGAACAGGAGAAAGCAGGAGAUGAAAGAAAUGCUUGCUUCCGAUGAGGAGGAAGAUCUGUCUAAGGUAGAAAAGGCUUAUGUUCCAAAGCUAACAGGAACUGUUAAGGGCAAAUUUGCUGAAAUGGAAAAACAAAGACAAGAGGAGCAAAGGAAACGAACUGAGGAGGAAAGAAAGCGCAGAAUUGAACAAGACCUAUUAGAAAAGAGGAAAAUCCAGAGAGAAUUGGCGAAGCGCGCAGAGCAGAUUGAGGACAUAAACAAUACGGGAACUGAAUCAGCAUCAGAGGAAGGAGACGAUUCACUGCUUGUGACAGUGGUGCCUGUAAAAUCCCACAAAACACCUGGAAAAAUGCAAAAGAGUUUUGAGGACCUGGAAAGAGAACGUGAGGAGCAGGAGAGGAAGAGACUCGAAGAGGAAAAGAGAAUCCGAUCCCUCAAGGAAGCGAAAUGCCUUUCACUUGUUAUGGAUGAGGAAGUAGAGAGCGAAGGCACGAAGGACUCUCCUUCUCCUGGAAAGCUGAAACUCACUUUUGAAGAAAUGGAGAAAGAGAGGCAAGAAAAGAGGAAGAAGCAAGCGGCGGAGGAGGCGCGACAGCGCCUUGAGGAAGAGAGACGGGCCUUUGAAGAGGCCCGGCAGCAAAUGGCCAAUGAAGAAGAGGGCAGCCAUGAGAUGGAAAAUUCUCUUCGAGAGUCUUAUCGCCCUGGAAAACUCAAGCUCAGCUUUGAAGACGCAGAAAGGCAAAGAAGAGAAGAGGAAAAGAGGAAAGCUGCGGAAGGAGCCAGGAGGCGAAUAGAGGAAGAGAAGAGAGCAUUCGCAGAAGCGAGGAAGAGCAUGGUCCUAGACAGCGAUUCUCCAGAGAUCUACAAAACAGUCUCACAAGAAUCCCUUCAACCAGGGAAACUAGAAAUUAAUUUUGAGGAGUUAUUGAAACAAAAAAUGGAAGAAGAAAAGAGACGGACUGAGGAGGAACGGAAGCAUAAGCUAGAGAUGGAGAAACAGGAAUUUGAGCAACUGAGAAAAGAAAUGGGGCAGGAGGAAGAGGAAACGGAAACCUUUGGGCUUAGCAGGGAGUAUGAAGAAUUAAUCAAAUUAAAAAGGAGUGGUUCUAUUCAAGCUAAGAAUUUAAAAAGCAAAUUUGAAAAAAUUGGACAACUGUCUGAAAAGGAAAUACAGAAAAAGGUGGAAGAAGAGAGAGCUAGAAGAAGAGCGAUUGAUCUUGAGAUUAAAGAGCGGGAAGCAGAGCAUUUUCAUGAAGAAGACAAUGUUGACGUGAAACCUGCCCAAAAAUGUGAGGCUCCCUUCACUCACAAAGUUAAUAUGAAAGCUAGAUUUGAACAGAUGGCAAAGGCCAGAGAAGAGGAGGAGCAGAGAAGAAUUGAACAGCAGAAGUUGCUACGCAUGCAGUUUGAGCAGAAGGAGAUUGACGCAGCACUCCAGAAGAAAAAAGAAGAGGAGGAAGAAGAGGAGGGAGGCGCCAUUAAUGGCUCGACACUUGAAGAUGGAGAAGAGCAAGCUAGGUCUGGAGCGCCAUGGUUCAAGAAACCUCUAAAAAACACAACAGUGGUAGAUGGUGAGCCAGUUCGAUUCACCGUGAAAGUAACUGGAGAGCCCAAGCCUGAAGUCACAUGGUGGUUUGAAGGAGAGAGGUUACAGGAUGGGGAAGACUACCAAUACAUAGAGAGAGGAGAGACUUACUGCCUUUACCUUCCGGAAACCUUCCCUGAAGAUGAAGGGGAGUAUAUGUGCCAUGCGGCCAACAGCAGGGGUACUGCAGCCAGCACCUGUAUCCUCACCAUUGAAACUGACGACUAUUAGCUUUUCUUUUUUUCUGGAGCCUUCCUUCUCCUCAACUUUCCUACUGCAUCCGUCUCUUUCUGUGGAGGGGCCAAGUACAGGAAACCAGAAGCUACCAUGCCUUUGCUAGAUACUCUUCAAAAUAUUUUCUAAAGCUAUUUAAAGGCUUAAUAUGGAAACCUGAAAGACUGAAUAAAAUUUGAAGAAAAAAAAAAUCUGUCAGUAAUCAUCAAAAAUUCCAAUUUCCAUAUUUCAACAUGCACUCCAAACUCAAAGCUUAUUUUUAUGCAGGGUAAACUGAUGUUACCCUCAUAUAUUAUCUAUUCAAAAUGGAAGCAAAAGAGGGGUGAAAAAAGGAUCAGACAGGAUAUUUAAACUAUAUAAAACAUGUUCUUAUUUAGCCUCAAGGUAUAUAAAAAAGCAGGGCAACAGGCUAACUGUCCCACCCAAAUCAGAAUAAACCAGCCAUGCCUUGCUAAUAGUUUAAAAUUUUGAAGAUGAGUCAAUUUUGAUCUUCAAUGAUAUGAAAUUCAGAUUGCUUUUGCAGACUUUCACCAGGAAACAUUUUGGCAAAAACCUUUAAGUAAAAAAAUUUUAGAGGGUAUUUAUUACAAAUUCUAAAUGUAGAACUUACUGCCAACAUACUGCAAAGUUCUGAGACUUUGGGGCAUUAAUGAAUUGGACAAAACUUGAUCUCACCCAAAUAAAUUAUAUUAAAUUGGCUCAUAAUUCCACAAAAGCUUCUGAAAAUUUGCAAAUUCCACACUAACCAGUUCAUAUGAUUUUAAAAGAGAAAGCCCUGGCAUCUGUAAAAAUGAGUCAAGUGAUGCCUUAGAAAUUCUAGAAAUGAUGAGAGGAAAGAAGAUAAGUUUUAUAAACAAACUUCAAGCAUCUCAAGUUAAGCUUUAGAUUUUGGUCUUUUGAAAUGAGUUUGUAAAUAAUUUUAACUCAUGUUCUUUACUCUUUUCUUAUUUUAACUUUCUGGAAGAUAGAAUUUUAUUUUCCAAUGUAAAAAUAAUA